GAAGACUGCAAGAUGCAUAAAUGGGUUCUAUCUAUUUCUUAUGUCAACUUAGUUUAAGCCAAAGUAGAAAGUACAAUAAGCAGAGAAAGUGAGAGAAGAAAAAAAAACAGACAGAAUAAAAAAAAAAGAGGAAGAAGAAGAAGAAGAAAACGAACAAAACCCAAUAAGCAGCGAUCGCAGCUUUUAAUAAAACAAAGAAGAGUGAAAAAGCUUUCGGCUUCUAAAGGGCAAAUACGAACAAAGCCCACGACGACGCCGAGAAAUCAUUUGUGUUUGGUCGGAACAACAAGUUUACUUCUUCUUUUUGUGUUCGGUCUUCUUUUUUUUUUUGUCGCUUGUCUGAAUUUCUGGGUCAAUCUUAGGCAAAAAAAAAAAAAAGAAAGGUUAUUCCUUUUUGUUCUCAAUUCAAUCUUCCAACAACACUUGUUGUUGUUUCUCUGCUUCCAAAGCUUGGGGUCCCGCUUCCCUCAUUCCCUCGCUUCAUUUCGAAUUCGUUGCUCUGUUCUCAAGCUCGAAUCUUUUUUCCUUCUUCUUUCUCAAACUCCACUGAUCUCGAUUUGCUCCAGCUGUAAUUCUCAAAGUUGUUAGCUUUACGAAUUGGGCGUGAAAGGGAAAUGCUGGAUUGCUCUCUGCUCUGCUCUGAUUCAGUUUCGUCUUGAAGUUGGUAACUUUGGAGCUCUAGGGUUUGUAGUAUUAUCCUGAUACUGAAUCAGCCAAAGGUGGAAACUUUAAGGUUGUUAGUGUGAGCUGGGUAGUAGUUGAUGAUGAUCUCUGUUCUCUAGGGUUUUGGUUUUGGGAGGAGAUGAGAUUUGGAUUUGCAUUGUACAGCUCCUAGAUUUGUACCAAAAGCCUUCAGCUAAGUUCUUGAAAUGCUUCUGGAUUUGAGUUUAAGAAGUUAUAAUAAGUUCAUGAGUUGGAUCAAUUGGUGUGAAGGAUAACUAGCCUCUGAUUGUUUCCAUUGGCUUUUGAGUUUCUAAGAAGAAGAAGAAGCACAAAGAGAGAGAAGUAUGCAAGGUGCUGAAGAUCAUCACAGGAUUGAUCUAGCUGAGCUGAAACUGCAUAUAGUGAAGAAGAUUGGGGCUGAGAGAUCAAGAAGGUACUUUUAUUACUUGGGUAGGUUUCUGCGUCAGAAGCUUACUAAGGUUGAGUUUGAUAAGUCAUGUCACCGUCUUUUGGGGAGGGAGAAUCUUCCUCUACACAACAAGCUGAUUCACUCCAUCUUGAAGAAUGCAUCUCUUGCUAAAUCCCCACCACUUCAAAAAACCAAAUCUUUGGUGCUUGGGAAAGAAGAUGGACCUCAACAAAGCGGAUCUCUCAUCCCUAACCAUAAUCCGGUUUUGUCAAAUGGGGUGUUACACAAGGUCCGGUCUGGAAAGUGUGAUAGGCCUAGUCCACUUGGGCCUAACGGAAAGGUUGAUAGUCUGUUGCAUCAGCCACUUUGUAGAGAAGACGGAAGCAGUAAUAGAAAUAAAGAGAACGGUGACGUUGGACCUGUUAUCAGAGAUGAUGACGUAGCUCAAGAGGAGCGAGGUAGAUUGGUUCUUUCCAAGAAUCCUGUAAUGGCACCUCUAGGGAUUAUUCCAUACAGUGGGACCCGGAGAACAGUUCCAGCUUCGACCAAGGGUGACUUCAUUACUUGCUAUGAUAGUGGUGGAUUAUUAGAAACAGAUAUGCUGAGGAAGAGGAUGGAGAGUAUUGCAGUAGCACAGGGUCUAGGAGGGGUUUCAGCGGAGUGUUCCACUAUGUUAAAUAACAUGUUGGACGUGUACUUGAAGAAACUGGUCAAAUCAUGCGUUGAUUUGUCUGGAGCUCGGUCCACGAAUGGAAACCAAAGUUUAGACAAACCGCAGAGCCGAGAGAAGAUUGUGAAUGGGAUGUGGCCGAGUAACCAAGCGUCUGAGAUAACGCAAGAACAGCAGCAUCCGGUGUCUUUGCUUGAUUUUAGAGCUGCAAUGGAGCUAAAUCCACAUCAACUUGGCGAAGACUGGCCGUUACUUCUGGAGAAAAUCUCCAUGCGUUCAUUUGAGGAGCGAGAAGGGGUGUGAAUGAAAAUGUUUGGGGAUGUUGGAUGUUGCAAAUUGUCUGAGUAAAGCUGCUCUUGUCCCAAAGAAACUGGUUUUGGUCCAGUGGAGCUGAUGGCUGAGAGACAUAUCUAAGUUCUGCAGCGGCAAACUCGGGGCAGGUUAGUAGAUAUUUCCAAAUGCAGCUAGAGCUCAAAGAACCGUAUUUGAAUGCAAAAUACGUGUUGUUGUUAAGAUCAGUGGCCAUCGCAGCGAGUUUCAAGAUCUGUGAGGCUGAUAAGGGAAUCAAGAGAGAGAGUUUUGGAAGAGAUACUUUGGGUUUGAGGUGGGAGCAAGGUACAAAAUAGUCGUGUAAUAUCUGGAGUAUUGCUGUGUAUGUAACAUAGUCUUAGAAUUGUUUAAACUUUAUAGCUUUGAAAAGACAUUGACGUCACUUUUAGCUGCAUUUCCUUUACAGUUUUGUUUUCACAUUUCAAUGAAAAAGGUUACUUUUUAUA